AUGUAUGCCGAUGGCGUCGGCGACGCCUACAGGAUUACCCCUAUCUCCUUUUGCAAUGAAGCCACUGUCCAUAUCUUCUUCUUCUUCUUCUUCUUCUUCUUCUUCUUCUUCUUCUUUUUCUUCUUCUUCUUCUUCUUCUUCAUCAUCUUCUUCUUCCCCUCCUACUCCCCAGAACAUACUGACUGCUGUAACUUCUAUUGGGCUUUCGAGUUGAUACACCGUUCAGCCACCCCAACCGUUUGGGCCUACCACUGCGCCCAGUCCGAUGCGGCUGUGACUCACAGGUCGAUUUCUUUUAUAGUUCAGCGGACUUUCGAUGUAUCUACCUCCCUCCCACUUCUCAUGCGAAUCACGAUCCAGUGGCAUGGAAAAAUUUAAAAAAGGUCUACAGGGAGUUCGGGGCUACCGUAAGCUUAGUGGUUAAAAAGUUAAACAAUCCGUCUACGCACGCCGGAUUACCAGGCCGCAGUGAGGUCUCGGAUCUCACAUAAGUGAGAUUGCCACGAAGGCCACAGCAGGAAGAAAUAAUCGCAGGCUGGUCCUCGUUCUUAGGGGCAAACCGAUUUGUCCCGUCAGGUGGUUAAUCUAGCAAGUCACGCAAUUUGCCUGUGGUGAUAGUUUUAAAACACCUUAUAUCCAUUCUGGCGGAAGGAGACAGACCAGAUCUCUUCUCUCUGGCCAAGUUUACGACGUCCUGCCCUAGCUUGGCUUCUCGGAAAGGAUUUGGUUAGCAGCGUCCGGCAUGACAUAAAUUUGGCGUUUACAGCCAGCCACACACGAGCUCGGAUGUUACGGAUGUGGCAGAUCUCCUAGAGACCAUAUCAAGAGGUAAUCAAUGCAAUGUGAGCCGUGUCCGAAAGGACACGUCUUGGUAAUCCUAGGGCGCAUUUGGUUGUUUAGAACGAGCAAAAUAUGCGCUGCAUCUGGAUUGUACAGACUUAACGCUCCCUCCUUCCUAACCCAUGGUCCAAUCGACUGCCCACAUCAGUUUGACGGGAAGGGGUAGGGGGCUGAGAGUGAGCACAUUGGCUGAUACGGUGAGGGCUUCCGCUGAAAGUGUAUCACACGCACGCACUUCAGUAGUUAAGACCUCAUGGAGACCCAGCACAACUCGGGUGCCGCAUGUCGUGAGCAAACACAACCUGUUUUAGUAUGGCAAAAUAGCAGUACGGUCCGGUAUGUGGAUGAAUAUACACGCUCAUCGUGCGAACCCAUCCCAGGAAGCGUUUCUCUACUAAUCUGACGUUUUAAAUAUACAGCGGGGUCGCCCCUUUUCUCCAUGCAUGCUGCGUAACAGUAACAAAAUACAAUCAUGGGGACAAAUUACUUCCAUUCGCACUGUAUAUGUGUAAUUUCUGCCAAGUAAGACGUCCUUGAAAUUUACUGAACCAUAAUUUGUUGAAUCAGAACUGCAUAAAGAUCAAGCGCGUCAGAAGAGGAACGAUUGACUGGACGCGGUAAUUCAUGGAAUCAACGGAAUCUUUCCCCCGAUUCCAAAACUUGUUUGUUUUUGCCCUUCACUCUGAGCUAUCCCAAAAUCGACAGUGCAAUGUUGCAACCGAUGCUGCGCAUCAAACUGAUCUCUUCUGCUUGGAUGAGGGGAAUGACCAUUGUUACUGUUUCUUCGGGAUUCAAAGCUAGCCUCUAAGACUAAAUAAUUCUAAUGUCAGUCAAGAGGACGCGGACCGGCAGCAGAAGGUGGAGGGUAUUCGGCUUUGAAAUGUUGGACAACAAAUGGACUCGGGUCAAAAUCUUGGGCUUUCUGAGUUACCCAGUUGGGAAAUUGGGCAAAAUGUUCAUCCCUGUCACCAAUGCUCUGCCGGUUUAACUUCUGGAUAAUUGGUUUCCAGUUUCUAUGUUACCUUCUGAUACUUCCCUAGAGCAGGUGCCCGACGCAAGGCGGACGGCCCCAGUUGGGUUCGAAAAUCAAAUUAAAUCGAUAACAGCAUUCCCAUAUGGUUCCUCGGCUUCAUUGGAUGCGAUCUGAGUAGGAAAAAAGAUGUGAGGAAGACUUUGCUACUCAUAGAUAGUUGGCAACUUCCCGAGAACGGUUCAUAUCUUUUGGUGAUGUCUCUAGUUUAUAGGCUCUUAUAGUCAUUAUAAACAAAAAGUGAGGUAACCUUCCAGUGCUAACAGUACGUAUUCUAACGACAAGGGGGUAUAUAUGGUUUUUAAAAAAUGAAAAGGGUCCCUAUAGGAGCAUUAUGCCUGGUGUCAAUGAACUCCUAACAUAUUGUGGAUUUUGAGUAGUAUGACAUGUGCCCACGCAGUCUUUUUGCCAGCGGUUGUGCGGCAAACAGUAGACCAUGGUCUCGUUAUUCUCCCUCCAACACUAUAAUCCUUGCAUUUCUGAAGACACCGUUGAGUGUUUAAUAUAGCAUCCAGACCAAUACGCCUACCGCACCACUUUUCACCAUAAUGGGGGUUCGGGUGUUGAACCAUCCGAACUACGACAGCGCCUACCUCUAAAGGUGCGCCAACAAGACGUUCUUAUCCGGUUGCCGUCAGUUAUGGGAGCCACCUCAGUACACAAGGAAAGGGGACGGGGGCUUGGCCCAAUUUAUGCGAGGAUUGCGUUUCUGUGUGCUCUCGCCUACGUCUGCCGUUGUCCACGCGACGGCAGCCCUUUCGCUAGUCGUGCCGUGCCCUCUGUGGCCUGCCCCAUGUUCAAGCCGGAGCUCACGCCACCAAUCGAUGCCAUGGCUUUCCGCGUGCGGGGACGCUCGAGCCUGCGCACACAGCAUGACAGGCGCGCUCGUGGUGGCGGCGCAUUGUGCGUGUUUGGUCAUGCUCCACUAGUCUUCAGCCUGACUCGCUGCCGCCACCUUCCCGUCCAGGCCACCUGCCACACUGCAACCUGACCCAUGGACAGCCGCGCAAAGUAAGCGUCUUCUGUUUGAAGUCCGCAGAGAGACGUUUUCAGAUACUUUGUGAAGGAACGCUGGAUAAACCAACGCCUCUCCUUUAGUUCUCCUUGGAGAUGAGCAAAUUGAGAGGAGUUGAGUUGAGUUUGGAGCAACGGUAAGACGUGGUUAUGUAACCUCACCUGAUGGACACAAUGCUGUUGGGGUGGGGGUAGGGGUUAGAGGUUAGGGCAACUACUACUCAAAGUACAACCGCGCAUACUCAAUGGCCUUUCUUUUGCAUACAACUACUUGACCUCAUCGCCCGUGCGUUUCCCGGUCCCUAUUACCACCGAUCCUGUAUUACAGGUGGCUGGAUUUUGUUUACUUCAGGUGGGGCUGCACAGCCACAUCUGACCGAAGCAACUGUCCGUCCUCGCAUUAGCAAACUGAUUAAUAAUUUUGGCAGGGCACAAGAAUAGGUAUCCACCGCACUACAGGCGGUCUUACGCUUAAUUCCAAGGGAGCUAGGGUUGCAGGUAGGGUCAGGACACGAGGAUAAAUAGCCCCUGGAAUCUAACCCAAGGCCACCUCUAAUAGGAUGGGGUAUCUAUUCCCGUACUCAACCAUAAUUUUGAGACUAUAGUAGCUGCUUCGAGGUCAGUUAGCUGUCCUGUACCUCCUACGAAGUUUCGGCAGCAAACAUGAUAUUCACUUUGGAUAAGCCAUUAAUCCAGUUAUCCGCGCGCGGUUUAAAUUUUGAGGUGCAAGAAGGCAGUUUAUCAGUCGAGUCUCUUCGCUAAAAACGACUGUCCUUCAUCGAAAAGUGGAUUAUAAAACGCAUUUCUGACUACAAUCCUCCAGCUAACUCCAUCGAUACUCUUAUCGAUGUCUCCAACCCAUCGCCUACGCUUACUGGCAUGCACCUAUGCAAAUUUUGUCACUGGGGAUACUAUUUAUUUCCCUGCACUCUAAAAGACCACUGUACUACUCGUACCGCUAACACUCGAGACAGUCCGUCUAUCUAUAUCGAGUUUUCGAUUGUUACCCUUAUGAUACCUUUUCCAUUUUUUGAGAUUUUGCAGUUGCUUGCAAACAAAUAGGGAAUUCAAAGGUGAAGACCUAAAUUUCCCUCAAUAAAACUGAACUGAACUGAAGUGUCCGAACACAUACUGCUAUUCAACAUUAUGAUAGGAAAGUCUGCCCUAACCGGGGAUUCUAGAGACACUUACAUUAUAUGCCCAAAAUCGUUGUUGAUCAGAAGACUAUGCUAAAUCGGACCGACACUUUACCGAUGCGAGUGCAAAAGGAAGAUCAUAAUUCCGUCUUUGUCUCGGAAAUCCGCUCUAAAGUCCCCGACAGGUGAUCACCUAACGAGAAACAAUCAGUAGCGUUCGAUUGUCGUGACGAACGAGGUCCACCAUAUAUUUCAUAGCAGAGUGAGAGCAGGGACGGUGACCUGCACGUGAGUUAGUCUAAGGUUGUAGUAGAGCUGUGCAACAUCUACUGCACUCUCGCCUCCUCCACCUGAAUCCGGUGUCAAGCCAGAGAAAAGAAGACUGGGGCACGUGACUGGCACAGCGAAAACCCGCACCUAGGCGUACCGCCAGACCCCUGGUUCACAGAACACACUGAUUAGUAUUUUAUGCACCAAGAAAGUGGGGGGCACAGACCCCAAUCUGCGCGACAUUAGCCUGCAAUCAAGUCUGUCGCCACACCUCAAUGCUGGCAUUUUCUGUGGGUGCGCAUUCCCAAUAACGACUGCCGCAGUUGGUCCAGCGUAUCUACCGCGUGGGACGUUUUGGGGGGCACAUCAGUAGUGACUAAUCAUACUGACAGUAAAGGUACUAGCUAAAAGCCCAGGCAUGUGCAUCGUCAAUUUUUUGCCGCCGCAUGACGCAUCUGUGAGGACUGAGCCUAAAAAUAUUUAUUCCGAAGGGUUUAUUCAAAGUUCGCGCAUGCAUUUCUGAGGAACAAGUAGUAUGGAAGGAAUACCGACAGAGACCUAGGUGUCUGGAGUGGUCAUUUCUGACAUAAUCACCGUCAUCAGCCAUUCAUGCCUCGAGUUCUGGCCGGAGAGACUCGACAUUUGAAAAACAUGAUUAGGGUGUGGCCUUUAAAAAGAACGCUACAGUGAACAACGACAAAGAAACCCAGGCGCUUAUGUUUCUACAAAGUAAAGCUUUCUCAACCCAUCGAAACAAAUAAUAAUACAUUCUGUCUCCUGUCACCAUACCAGACGAAACCGGAGAUGCCCGCCUAACAUAGCGUAAUAACUGUCUCUGCCAACAGAAUCUCGCUUUCUUUUACCCUAGAAUGGGUUUUUGGUUCUUCGCAUCCGGUGGAUGUUCUAACCUGAAGGGAAAUGUCGAUAUACACAAGAAGGCGAACUCGUGGAUAACUUUAGAGGAGGGAGGAUAGAGUGGUGAAACGAGAAUAAGGAAGUUGUUUCAAUGUUCAAAGGGGACUUUUGUCCAAAGUUCAGGGGCUUUUUGGUUUGGGCUUGACUUUUCGUAGUUUGAUGAAAUCUGACGUACGUUUUUUGAGAGUUGAAAAAAAUUUAAAAUAGUAAAAAAAUUUAAUAACUCAUAUUUUGAAAAAAAGUAGACAGGAUACACUUUUGGCUGUUUUUAUGCCAAAGAAUGUCUUCAAGGUUAGGCGCAUUUUUUAAAAGGACAUUUUUGCAUUGACGAUUCAAACAGAAGAGGUACGAUCAGCCAGCUCGAUUUUCAGUCUUUUAUGUAGAAAGAUAGUCGUUCUGAAGCCCCUAAGAUACACCGUGCUGACAGUUGAGCUACCACGGUCUCGAUCGGGACUUUACGAGGACAGGUUUUAAGGGUCGUACGUGGAGCCUCCCACCGUGAUAGCUGCAAUCGCCAUUGUGAGCUUGAACGCAAAAUUGCACUCUUUCUUGAUCCUAUUCUUUAACUCCGAGCCAUGUUUUGUUUGAUUUUUUCUCUAUCUUUCAGUUAGGCCUCGUCCAGAAGUUAGCGUGACAGUAUGCUAUGAGAAUACUGCAUCAGAUCUUUGACUAAAUAAAGCUGAAAAGAGGUUUUCAGAUAGCGGUAUCAAAAGACUACAACAUAACAAUUCUUGAACCACAAAUAUAUGCGAAAUAAGUCGCAGCCAGAAUAAGCCCAACCCUAGAGAGAGGUCAAAGUUCCGCAUAUAUGUGAUAAUAAGCAUUUUAUUUUCCGCCUCUUUUUAGACACUUUGACGGACAGUGGGCUAACAGAACCAGUCCUUGGAGGACGGAAAAACGGUCACGCCUCGCCCAACGCUGGCUGGCCCUCGUCACUUGAUAUUGACGAUGCCCAGUUGGCCCGUGUUCUUGUGGAAACCCUACUUCCAUCAAUGGCCACUAAGAUCAAUCUUCAAGCACUUCUGGUUUACCAGGCGGACAAUAGUUGCAAUCGCAGCUUCAUAGUGAACCGGUGUUUCCAACGGCAUGAAGAAAGCGGCGAAAUCUCUCCCUUUAAUUCCUUCGCAGCUGACGCUGGUAGCGAGUCUGAGUUAGAAGUGAAAAAACAGCGUGUCUGUAAUGGAAGAACAGGUAGCCCCUCUACCGCUACAUCGGACCCACAAACACCCACGCAGCAGCUGGACACAUCCUGUGACUCUGCCACGCAGUCUUUGAUCAAACCCGAGGACGACGUCCCAUCCUGCUCUCCUUUUCCUUCUGUCCCUACCCCUUCAAUAACCCCAUCUUCAUCCCGUAGAAAACGGAAGUUUUGUCGGCCCUGUAAGAUCCCACAGGUCGAAGAGACUUUGACCACACACGAACCCACUAUAGGGCCAGAGCCUGAAGAGGGGAAGAGGGAGGAAGGGGUUGUGCCGAAAGGAUCAACCCCGCUGCAACCCCAACCGCCACAAGAACAGCAACAGAAACCGGUGUUACUACCGCAAAGGCCGCAACCGCCAGUCCAGCAUCCGCUCACAGUGACCGCCAUCGAUUGCUUGAAUUCCACUAUUUUGACAGCCCUUUCGAGGAGCCUUUUUUCAAAGCCCGAGCCAAAGACAACCCUGUUUCCUCAGGUCUCCCUGAAGCCAAUUACAACCACAGUUGGAUUAUCAAACACGACUACAGCCCCAACGAUGCCUAGGCCCAUUCGUCCACGAAUCCUACCAGCAAACAGCCUCUCCACCACCACGCCACAAACUUCUAUCACCUUCACUGCUGCUCCUACCACCACCUCCACCAGUAAUAGCACCGUUUUAUCCACGGCCGUUGUAGCACCGGAGAGCAAUGCAACAGCAGCCGCAGCAGCCGAGGCUACGGAAACUGAUGAAGCUUGGGCGGCCUCGCGUCGUUACGCCAAAUCUUUCGUCUGUAACCAGUGCCGAUUCGUGUUUGGUUCUCUGAAUGCCCUCUGUGAACACACCUAUUCUCUACAUAAGGCCUUUCGCUGCAACUACUGUCAAGCUCAGUUCACACAACGCUCCAAUCUUCAACGGCACUCUCUGCGCCACGUGGGAUUCAAGCCCUUCGUUUGUGCUGUCUGUUCAAAAGAGUACUACCGUAAGGACCAUCUAGUGCGGCACAUUGAAAUCACACAUCCCGGCUCAGACCCCAAAACCAGCAUCAUUGUGAAGUUGAGUUCGGCCGAGUGUCUGGACUACCUGGAAUCGCUUGCCGAACAGAGUCAACAUCCUCAUGAACCGGGAACAACUACUGGACCGGAACUACAGCUGCCUGAAGCAAGCAGUGCCGUCACGACCGUGGAGCAGACAUAG